AUGAAGUUUGAGACGGAGAUGUGGCAUCCCAACAUCUACGCGGAUGGACGAGUCUGCAUCUCGAUUCUGCAUCCCCCCGGCACAGACCGUUUCAACGACCAGGAGACUGCGGAUGAGAGGUGGAGACCCAUCCUUGGCGUGCACAGCAUUCUGAUCAGUGUCAUCUCUAUGCUGGUGGACCCGAACUUGAACUCGCCAGCCAACAUAGAUGCAGCGGUGCACCUCAAGAACGACCCGGAGGGCUGGAAGAAGAAG